GAACGGGUGUGUGCUUCUCUGUCACUCAGUCUGGCAACUCCCGGGGAUGUUGAAUUUGCUCGCGUCGGGCUGAGCCAACGUUCUCCUCGACGCCCAAGAUGUUCAGUAGUCUCCUGUUUCCCGGUCUCGGUCGUCUUGCCGGCGCCGUCCCACAAAUCGAGAGCGAUGUUUGUCGACCGAUGUCGGCGCCGGGUGCUGCAAGCCUCAUGGCCCUGCACGAAGCGGAGGUUACGAACAGAUCGCCUAUCUUGCGUCCGAGCACCACAGCGGAAAACAAGUCGACCUUGACUACCUCAGACAGCACUACCUCCAAUACAGACUUGAAACAUGUGAAGUCUCCGCUGAUGAACAGUACUACAACUCCCGACGAGAAUCUCGCACCCGCUAAUUCCGAGGUUGGCAAUAGCUCCACGGACGAAGUCUUCCAUACCCCUCUUGUUGCUGCCGGCAGUGACAUAUCUCUGAAGUUCAAGGAGGCGAAGAUUGUCGUGUCGACAUCGACGCAAGCCAUUUUUGACGACUCUCCGUCUCCCCCCAAGGAAGGCAUUCGUAACACCAUUGGGUCUCUUCAUAUUCGCAGAGGCAAGAUUGAACCACUGGGUAUUUCAGUCCCAGCUACAUAUGCAGAUGCAACAAAUGUGAGGAAUC